UCUUAGUAUUUAUUUUUCUAGUGUUUUUAACUAUUUAUUAUUAUUAUUUUAUUAAUAUACGUAUUUAUUUAUGUAGUUUUACCUGAACAUAUGGACAAAUUUGUUCACUGAUAAAAACUCGACCACAGAAUUAAUAUCAAAUGACACACACACAGAAAAUAAACAGGAGGGUUGCUCAGUUUUAAUACUGAAACCCGUAUGUCAACUGAUGAAGAUGAAAUUAUCGAAAGUACUACUCCCCCGGAAUUCGAUUUAUCGGCAAGAUUUCCAACCGACCGAGGAAUGUUUGAAAAUUGUAUAAGCGAUAAAUUGAAACGUGAAAUUCUAAAGUAUGGACCUUGUAAACCAGAAAUAGAUUUUCCUGUUAAUGACUGAAAAAAGAAAAUUUUCAAAAAUAUAUUACUACUUGAAGUUAAAAAAUGGUACACUUAUUCCUAGACCGUGGCUUUGUUAUUCCGUAAUUUGGGAUAUGGUUUACUGUGAAACUUGCUGGCUUUUUUCUGAUAAAAAUAAUUGUUAUAUUAAAAAAGAAUGGGUGGAGGAAUAAAUGACUAGCAACAUCUCUCUCAGAAAAUAAAUAUUCACGAAUUUUCACUGUCACAUUUAAAUGCUAUGAAAGUUAGAUCAACGUGGACUAAAAAUUUAAUUAUCGACAAAGAAUUUGAAACACAAAUAUCAAAAGAAGCGAAAUUUUGGAGAGAUAUAUUGACGCGCAUAAUUAAAAUAAUACUAACUUUAACUGCAGGAAAUACUGCUCUAAGAGGCAACGAAGGAAAACAAUAUUCUGAAGGAAAUUUUCUUAGAACUGUAAAAUUAGUAGCUGAAUUUGAUCCUAUUUUAAAAUCAGUAUUUGACAAUGAAAAAAAAUUUAAAAUUAAGUAUUUGAGCCCUACUAUUCAAAACGAAUUAAUAGAAAUUUUAGCUUCAAAUGUAAGACAAAUUAUUUGCAACGAAAUAUCAACUUGCAGUUCUGGAUUUUCAAUAAUUAUGGAUUCUACACAGGACAUUACCAAAGUAGAUCAAGUUAGCAUCAUAAUUAGAUAUGUUAUAAUUGAUCAUGAAAAGCAUGUUUUGCAAGUUAAAGAGUCAUUCAUAGGAUUUUACAAAAUAGACCAACAUGGAGCACAAGAUUACGAAAACCUAAUUUAUUAAGUUCUUUCCGAUACCAAUUUAGAUAUAAAAAAAUGCAAAGGGCAAGGAUAUGAUGAGGCCAGUGUCAUGAAGGGUAUGUAUUCAGGAGUUCAGAAACGAAUUGUUGGUAAAGCUCCAAACGCCACGUAUGUUCAUUGUUGUGCUCACAAUUUGAAUUUGGUAAUAUGUGAUGCCGCUAAAAGUUCUUCAGACGCUCUACGAUUUUUUGAAACAAUACAAUCUAUAUUUAAUUUUUUCAGCUCAAGCGCACCUCGUUGGGCACUUUUAGCUUUUGGAAAUGAAACCAAUGAUAUUCGUAAAAAAACACUGAAAAAACUUUGUCCAACACGUUGGGAAGCUAGACAUAAAUCGUUAUUUGCACUUAAAGAAAGAUUUGUAGAUGUUUUAAAAUCACUUUCAAUGAUUUUGUUAACUAGUCAUAAGUCUGAUGAAAAAUUAUUAGUAAAUCCUUAAAAAAUUCAAUGGAGUCUUUUGAAUUUGUUCUUAUGAUAUGUUUAUGGGAAAAUAUUUUAAGGUAUACUCAAUGUGUAUCAAAAAUGUUACAAUCUCAAAAUAUAAAUAUUCAAAGUGCUUGUACUUUUCUAGAUCAAGCUUAUCAGUCAAUUUCGAACCUUAGAGAUAAUUUUAAAGAUAUUUUAAAUACAGCAGAACUAAUAUGUUCAAAAUGGAAUAUAUCUACAGAUUUUAAAACUAAGCGACAGGCAUUCGCUAAACAUUAUUUUGAUGAAGUAGAUGGAGAUAGACGUUUAAAUACAACAAAAGAUAAUUUUAAAGUCAAGGUUUUUUUUCCAAUUAUUGACACCGUAUUGUUUCAAAUACGUAGACGAUUUGAAGGAUUAUAUGAAGUUGCAAGUAAUUUUAGUUUUUUAAAUCCUUCUUCAUUAAAAGAAAACACUGAAGCUGAUAUCAUCAAAGCAUCUUAUGAUUUUGCUGUAAAAUAUGACAUCGAUAUUAGUUCUGAUUUUACUCGACAAGUAUUGUCUUUUAAAUCAAUUAUUAAUCAAAUUGAAUUGCCUAAUAUCCUUAGUAUGGUAAAUUACAUAAUAGAAAAUGAUCUUUCAAGUAGCUUUCCAGAUAUUAUUACUGUAUGCUCGAUAUUUUUAACUAUACCAGUAACUGUCGCUUCAGCUGAACGAUCAUUUUCUAUAUUGAAACUUGUGAAGAAUUAUUUGAGAAAUACAAUUUCUCAAGAAAGACUCAAUUAUAUUUCAAUUUUAAAUGUAGAAAGAGAGCGCACCGAAGAACUAAAUAUUGACAAUUUCGCAAAUCAAAAAAGCGGUAGCGGUGGCGGUGGCGGUGGCGGUAGCGGUGGCGAUAAAAUGGAACACUUGAGUUCUUUUGAAAGUCCACACAUCGGAGCGAAAAUCGCCGGCGAUAACGAUAAAACCACCGCUGGACGUUAUAGGCAUAGGCGCAAAUAG